GCCGGCGCUCCCCUCCCUCUCUAUUGUGUCUGAUCUCCGGCGUUGCUCUCUACUUUCUACAAAUCUGCUCUCUACCUUUUACUGAUGUACUCUCGCCGAAGCUACUCUCUGCUUUAUGCUGAUAUGCUCUCAUCGAUUCAUCAAACCGAAGCUGAUCUUUACCUUCUGCUGAUCUGCUCUCACCGAAGCUGCUCUACUUUAUGCUGAUCUGCUUUCACGGAAGCUACUCUCUGCUAUGUUGUCUACUGAUCUGCUCUCACCGGAAGUCCGAAAUUGCUUUCUGCUGAUCUACUUUCUUUCACUUCAUCGACCUUGAUUUCUGCUGGUCUGCUCUCAUCGACACUAGUCUCUACUCUCACCGAUGCCAGUCACCAUCCGCAGAAAGCAGACCUUGGCCUGUUGCGUGCAUCCCUUCCAUGUGCCUCUUGUUCUGCAAUUGGCCUUCACUGCUUCUUCACACUUCACAACUUCUCCCACCUAGGUUGCAUAUUUUGUGUUAAUUAAACUUUUAACUUGUUUUAAUCUUUUUUACAAUAAUUAAUAAUUAAUAACAAUCAAUAGAUCAAUUGUUUCUCUCACAGCAAGAGAUAGAAGAAAUGCUUGAGAUAACAGUUAAUGGAAAGAAUAUAGACCCACCCACCUUACAUCCUCUACUUCUUGAUACAAAAACUACAGAGAACAUGAUACUACAAAACUCCAGCUUUUAUGUCACAAGGCCUAAUGCUUGCAACACAAAUAUUGCAUUUAUAUAUUGCACACCUCUUAGAGCUAGUCACACAAUAAUUAAUCCAAUGAAUAUAUUGAGUGGCACACAUGACAUUGAAGAAGUUCAAGGUGGUGAAGGAGAAUCAUUACAUGUUGAAGGUGCAAGUGAAGGAAUUGAUUUGGAGUCUAUCGGUGAAAAAAACGAUGAAAGUUAUGAUGUUGAAAAUGAUUUUUGUGAAUGUGAUGCAUGGUUCAAUGAAGAUCCUCCUAAUUUAAGGAGAAAUGAAUGAACAAGUCCUUUAUUAAUUCAUUUUAUUUGUAUUUGAAAUUUCAUGAAUUGUUAUCUAUUUGGGUUUAAGCCUUUUUAAGACUUAUUGUCUAUCUUUUUCUAUUUGUUUUUGUAGUUGAAACUUGUAUUACUUGCUUAUUUACUUGGUUUUUUUCAUAUAUAUUUUGUUUUGAGAAUUAGAAUUGAGAUGAUUUGAUGAGUUUUCAAGGUAAAAUGUAAUAUAUUUAUGUUAAAAAGUUGUUAAAAAUGAUCAAGGUAGCAAGAAAUAAUGUUGAAAUUG